CAAAUCCAAAUCUAUUUUAUAUUUCAGAUUCUUCAAAGUAGCCACCCUUUGCCUUGAUGACAGUUUUGCACACUCUUGGCAUCUGAAGUGAUCUUCUCCUCCAAUGCCAUUUGAGUGAAUGUGAAUUCUGACAUGGCAUGUAGUACUGACAACAUGUUUCUCAUUGGCCUCUUCAUGUCAGGUGUUUUGGCCUGUUUUGGCCAAAGACAUUUGAUCACCACAAUGCCAGAGAAAUUGGAUGUACUGAGUGGCUCCUGUGUUCAAAUCCCAUGUGCAUUUGAUGUUCCUCAAGAUCGCUAUACAUUUAACAGCGCAAUACUUACCUCUGGAGUGUGGAUUAAAGAAUCACCGUACUUUGGUGGCAGGCCGAACAUUGUGAUAUUUAACAGUAGUAAGACAGACAACACCUAUCAAGCGAAGAUAACUGGAAACAUGUCCUGGAAGGACUGCACCACAGUUUUCUUCAAUGUAACCACCAGUUACACUAACAUAUACUUCUUCAGAAUUGAGAGUAGACCAUUCAAAGCAACAGACCCUGACAAGUCUGUUCAUAUAGUUGUCACAGAUUUGCCUCUCAGACCCAAGAUUACUGUCUCAGGUGAGAUGAAGGAAGAGAGGCCUGUCAGUUUGAACUGCUCUGCUGCAGCUCCCUGUCCCAAACACUCUCCUAAACUGACAUGGACUCUCCCAACCCUGUUUACACCUGAGAACCAACUGCAAGAGAAUUCAGAUCAAACCAAAUCUGUUCUCUCCACGGUGACAUUCACUCCUUCACACCUUCAUCAUGAGAAGAACAUCACUUGUACUGCAGUCUACCCAGUAGGAACAAGCAACAAGACAGCGGAACAUAUCAUGACGCUUAACGUUUUAUUCUCUCCUAAAAACACCUCAGCCUCCCUCAGUACAGCUGAUCCAGUAUCAGUGGGCAGUUGUGUGAAUCUGACCUGCAGCAGCACAGCCAACCCUCCUGUGACAAACUUCACCUGGUUCCAGAUCAGUGGGGGUAAACCAACAUGGGUAGCAUCUGGACAGACCUACACCCUCAAUGUGACUGUUGGUGAUGGAGGGAUGUACUACUGUGAAGCAAGAAAUGAUCACGGCAUUGAGAAGUCAAUGAAAGUGCUUCUAGCUAUUGAAGGGAAAGAAGAGCCUCUUAACCCAAGGGUUUGGGGAAUUGCAGGAGCAGGAGCAACCUUGGGAGUAAUUUUGCUAAUCAUCCUGAUCACUUACUUUGGAUGGAAGAGAAAAUCUAGGCUCCCUGAUGGACUUGAAAGGACAGACAAUCCACUGAGACAGAACUCCCCAGUUGGGAUGGUGUAUACUAACCAGGCCAUGACCGGAGAGGAACCAGAGGAACCAGCAGAAGACCAGCCUGAGGAGAUCUACUACGGCGAGGAACCAGAGGAACCAGCAGAAGACCAGCCUGAGGAGAUCUACUACGGCGAGGAACCAGAAGAACCUGCAGAAGACCAGCCUGAGGAGAUCCACUACGGUGAGAUAGACUUCUCCAAACUUCGGCCCAAAGAGACCCCAGCUGCAGCCCUGGACAGGGAACAGGGGCAGGAGAGUGAAUACGCUGAAGUCAGUGUGACCGGGAGAGGGGCCAGGAACCUCCAGUUAUAAAUGGGGUUUAUGCACAAGUGAAUAAGAAAAGUGCAUUUUGAGCAUUUUGCCAAUGGGUAUUAUUUGUUUUUAUGGACAGUAUGUAUUUUGUAAUUGUUUUCUAUUGGUAUUUGGUUGUUAUAUUUACAAUUUUGGGCUCUUUGAUUAUCUGCAUAUUUUGUAGAAUUUUCUGGGGUGAAAAGUGUUUAACUGUAACUACAGUGGUGGUUGGAUGAUACUCUCUAUUUUAGCCAAUUUAUUUUGAGUACUGAUUUCACAGAGCAUCUGUUUAAUGAGUUCAUCUACUGAAGGCAGUUUAAGGCCAUGUAAAGUCAAUGAUGACUGAGGAAAGAAGAAACACAAUUAGUUGGGAAAACAGUGGCCUGAUGCAAGACAGGAAGUUGGUGAAGUAAGUGUACAUUUCCAGACUGAUAAAAUCUACUGGUCACUAUUUUUCUUUUACUUUUAUGCAGUUGCCGGAAUAACAAUAUUAUCUAUUUUUUAUGCCUAUAUCAAUGUUGGACUUAUCGUCUUAUCUUAUCGUGUUUUUAUGUUGAGUGUUGAGCAAGAAAAGAAAUUGAGGCUGAAUUUGAAGUUGUUUAUUAAUUGCAUUGUAAUAAAAACCUUUACAUUAAAUGUCCAUAA